CGUCACUACUUGUUUCAACCAAGCCUUCAGUCCAACAUAUUUUUACCCAUUUUACCUGCAAGCUAAACAUUAACGCUAUACUGCCAAUUAAAUAUAUUUUGUCGAAAAGUCUUGACGAAUAUAUUUUGGUUUCACAUAUGAAGAAAGUCAUGAGAACUCGGUCAAGUUCCCCUCCAAUUCAUGUGCAUGUCAACGACACCACACCAGUCCAUGUACAUGUAAAGAGCCAGAAGAUGAGUCCUGCCAAGACGCCUCAGGGGACCACCCAUGUCGACAGAGGAAACCACCAUGCUACAGCCAAGGUCAAAAGUCGGUGUCCAUGGAUACCACCAGGAAAGGGCUCCAUACGAGACACUUUAUACAAGUGGGAGGGGCCGACACACCGCCUUGAAAUCACGGCACCGCUCCCUGACCCAGAACCUGAACAAUCUCAGUCUGCGUUGCGAUUAGCUGACCUCACAUCUGAAGAGGAAGAAGGGCUGCAUGGACAAAUCAGCCAAUAUGAGAGGAAGAUUGACUGCUUACUGACUGAAGUCAGCUCUCUGAAGAAUGAGGUGAAACUGCGGAAGAAGGAGCAGCUGCUAGAGCGUCAAUCCGAGCAGCUGAGUGUCUCCCACCGAGUGAUCGUUGAGCAGGAGGAGGAGCUGGCGGAGAUGACUAAGGAGUUGAAAGAGACUGAGCGGGAGAACACAAGAUUACGCCAAUCCAUGGAGAAGAUGCUAGAGGAGACCGACUACAACAGACAAGACGGAGACAGUACACAAGACACAGAUGCUCUGCACAGGAAACUGACGGAGGCUGAGGUGGAUGGGACAGCAGUUACCAACCAAGUCUCAGACCUGCGAGAAUCUGUUUUCAAAUUGUGCGGUGCUAUCGGCAGUAGGCUGUCUGGCUCUGAGUCUUCAGUCUUAGCUCGUCAGCAGGAGCUGUUGCUACAGAAGCUGGAGGCAUUUGAGGCCACAAACCGAAGUCUGCGGCACCUUCUCAGAGAACAGCAUGGGUCCCAGCAGAUGGAAUCAAUCCAAACAUCAGAGCAGAAAGACGCAUUACUUAAGAGACUGGUCAACAUAGAGGCAGAAAAUGCUCAUCUUGUGGUGAAACUUCAAGAGAAGGAAAGAGAGAUUAAUCAACUCUCCAAAGUUAUAGAUUCUGAAAAGGACAAUGCCAAGAGCACAGCUGAUUUGUCCAAGAGUCUGGAGUCAACAAGAGCUCAUUUACAAAGACAGCUCCGGAACAAAGAAGCUGAGAACAACCGGCUUACUGUGCAGAUAAAGAACCUGGAGCGAGCAGCCAACCAGCAGAAGGCAGAGAUGCAGCAUCUGACGGCGCAGCUGGUGAGGCUGAGGCAGCAGGCCAGUGCAGGCCGGGAGGGUAUGAAACGAGCCACACGAGCCCAGAAACAGCGAGCUGAGCGCAGCGAGGAUACAGCAGGCCAGUUGAGCGUCCAGCUACUGGAUAUGGAGAAGCAGGUUAUCGAUGCUCUGUCGGCAGCUGAGACCUGGCAAAGUCGUCAUGCCCAAGAAAUGAAAGAAAAGAGUAAACUGGAGAUUGAACUUUCACUGUUGAACAGCCGUAUAGCAGAGCUGACGGAGCAGCUGCAGAGUACAGGGAAUAAAGGUCAAGCGGAGAGAGAAGCUCUGCUGGAUCACCUACAUAAACUGACCACAGAGAGCACUGCUGCCAAGCUAGAGAACCAGUCUCUCAAGGCUACAGCUUCUGCAGUGGAAGAGAAGCUGGCCUUUUCUCAGUCAGAGCUCCAUCAGGUCAAAGCUUCAAUCCAGCAAUAUGAAAGCCUGCUGGACAGCUAUAAGAUACAGGUUGGAAAAACUCGGGCCGAAGCAGAUGAGUACCAUGCUCAGCUUGCUCAGGCAGAGCGGGAGGCACAGGCAUUGCGCGGGGAGCUGGAGCAGGAAGUAGUUGAGGUGCGCAGGGAGCUGCUUGGGCGGCUGGCGGAGCUGGAGUCUCUUCCCGAAGCCUUGCGACGCUCCGAACUCCUGCUGCAGGAAGCUCAGGACAGGGAGCGCAGCCAGAAUAGACGCAGCAUGGAGCUUAGCACAACCCUGACUGAUCUCCGCAUGAAGGUGGAGACCCAGGGCAGCCAAGUAGAGCUUCUAAGACAGAACAACAAGGGGCUGCUUGAAGAGAAAAGACAGCUUCAGCAGCGAGUGGAGAGUUUGGAAAGAAAACUGGAGGAGGCUAGCAGUCAGAACAGCGACCUGCUAGUGGUCAUUGGCAAACGGGAAGAUACCAUCCACAGCAAUCAGCUUCGUCUGGAAGAAAAAUCAAGAGAAUGUUUGCUGCUAAACCAAAAGCUGGAGGAGGCUCUGGGUGAUGCUCGCCAACAGAUGUCAGAGACCAAAGGACUUGCUGCCUCUAAAGAACGCUCCACCCAGUCCAAGAUACUGGACCUAGAGACUCAACUUAGCCGGACUACCUCAGAAAUAAACCAACUGCGACGCAGCAAAGAGGAGGUGGAGCGACGGUACCACAGCCAACUGCAGGAUGUGAAGGAUCGCCUUGAGCAGUCAGACAGCACUAACCGAAGCCUGCAGAACUACGUCCAGUUCCUCAAAGACUCCUAUGCCAAUGUGUUUGGAGAUUUGGCCCUUGGCAGCUCACUGCGUGCCCCCUCACCCAUCUGACAGCCCGUCUGCGAAGACAUACAUAAGCACAAAUUCCAAAACAGUAUUGUGCUGCUGUAAAGAUGGCAUGCUUGGUCAGUUGCCUUUUUUGAUUUUGAACCACUUAGGUGAAGAGCAACAGUAUCCAUUGGCUUUUAAAAUGUAUGACUUGUCUCUGUAAAGAUUUAUUUGGAACUGAAUUGGUAGACAAUAAAAUAUGUCAUUGGAUUUUUAACU